AUGACAAAUUCGUCAUCAUAUGUCGUACCUUUGAAAUAUGCACAAGUUCAACCAAAACUCUAUAGAGGAUCAUAUCCAAAAGAACACAAUUUACCCUUCUUAAAGGCAUUAAAACUCAAGACAAUAGUUUCCUUAAUACCAGGUCCUUUAAGCGAAGAAAAUGACCCGAUAAUAUACAAAUUUGUAAAAGAUAAUAAUAUUAAUUGCGUUCAUAUACCUUGUAAAGGCGCAAAAGAUAAGAAGAAGGACAAAAAGGACAAAAAAGUUAAAGAAAGGAUAAAACAAACAAAUGACACAGAAUUUUCUAAUAUCCUAGGCAAUAGCAAAGACGGUGCUAUCGAAAGUAAUGGCAACAUAAAUAAGACAGAAGCGGAAAAAAGCAAAAAGGAAGAAGAUAAUAAGAAAGCACUAAAGAAAGUGAAAAGAAGAGACAAAUCAGUACCGUUAACAAAUGAAGAUAUAUACGAUAUACUUCAAGUGUUGUUAAUAAAAAAGAAUUACCCCAUAUAUAUACACUGUUCUAAUGGUGAGCUCAUAACUUCUAUAGCCAUUGCAUGUUUAAGAAAAAUGUCAUAUUGGAGUAGUGUUUCGAUAUUCAAUGAGUUUUUGCAGUUUAGCGGGAAUAUAAAUGUUCAUGAAAGAAAAUUUAUAGAGGAAUUUAAUGCAAACGGGUUUGUCCCAAAGGACAAGAAUCAAGAACAUUACGUUGAAUGGAUCACUAGAAGAGAAGGGUGGGCCGGACCUAGACGGUUGAAAUUUUAUAGUGUAUAA